CCCAUUCUCCCUGUCCUUGUCUAUUUCCACAACACAACUAUAAGCAAUCAUGGCGCCGGCCGACCUUACCCCUCCUCCCCCGUCAAUAAUGCAUUCCUAUACCCAUAUCAUCAUCUUCUUCUUCUUCUUAUCCACUCCCUUCUCUUCCUCAUCCCCAAUUCAACCCCGCAGCAGAUCCUCUCUGCCGACGAAUCUCGGACCCCAUUGGAUUGCGGGACAAAGUUUUUAGUUUUUCAAGAAUUUGUAUGCUAUAUUUCCCGGUACAGAGGAUCAGUCAUCGGUGUUCAUUCAACUUAGCAGGAGAUCCUCUGUACCGAUGAAUCUUGGACCCCCUUGGAUGGUUUAAGAAGUUUUUUUUAAAAAAAAUUUGUUUGCCGAAUAUUCCUCGGUACAGAGGAUCAGUGUUCAUCCAACUUCCCACCAUGUCCAAUCCCAGCACAAACGACAUCGAGCACCAACACGCCGCCGACGCCGGCGUCACCGCCACCGUCGCUUCCCCCUCACCCACCGCCCCUCUCGCUUCCCCCUCACCUACCGCCUCGACGGAGAGAAACGCCGUCCGCCGCCGACGCCGGUUUCUCCUCUGGACCGGGGCGAAACCGAUCCCCCUCCUGGCCUGCAUCGCCAUCGGCGUGAUCUUCCGGUUCGCCGUCCCCAAGCCCUCGCGCGUGUCCCACCAGGCGUGGCAGCUCCUCGCGAUCUUCCUGGCCACCAUCGCCGGCCUCAUCCUCGGCCCGCUCCCCAUCGGCUCGUGGGCAUUCGUCUGUCUCACCGUCACCGUCGUCACCAAGACCCUGACCUUCGCGGCGGCCAUCGCCGGGUUCACGAACCAGGUGAUCUGGCUGGUGGUGGCGUCGUUCUUCUUCUCGCGGGGGUUCAUGAAGUCCGGGCUCGGGGACAGGAUCGCGCUGUACUUCGUGAAGGUGCUGGGGAAGAGCACGCUGGGGCUGGCUUACGGGCUGGCGCUGUGUGAGCUGCUGAUUUGUCCGGCCGUGCCGAGCACGACGGCCAGGGCUGGUGGGGUUUUCUUGCCGCUCAUUAAGUCGAUGGCGGCGGCGGCGGAUAGUCGGCCGAAGGAGUCAUCGGCGAAGAAACUUGGGGCUUAUCUUGUUCAGUCCCAACUUCAGUGUUCUGGUAGCUCAAGUGCUAUGUUCCUGACUGCUGCUGGUCAAAACCUGCUCUGUAUACAAUUAGCUAAGAGUCUUGGGGUUAAUGUUCCAAAUCAAUGGAUUACUUGGUUCAAGGCUGCCAGUUUGCCCGCACUUCUAUCUCUUUCGGCUACCCCUUUCAUCCUUUACAAGCUCUUUCCUCCUGAAAUUAAGGAGACGCCUGAUGCUCCUGUUCUGGCCAGACAAAAGUUGGAGCAGAUGGGCCCUGUCAAAAGGAAUGAGUGGUUGAUGAUUGGUACCAUGCUUCUUACGGUUGCAUUAUGGAUCUCGGGACAGGCUCUUAAUAUGGCCACUGUUGUUGCUGCAAUGCUGGGGUUAUCAAUACUUCUCUUGUUGGGAGUGCUUGAUUGGGAUGAUUGCUUGAGUGAAAAGACAGCAUGGGAUACCUUGAUCUGGUUCGGAGUCCUAGUAGGCAUGGCAUCCCAAUUGACGACCCUUGGCGUUGUGUCCUGGAUAUCAGACGGCGUAGCCAAAUUCCUCAAGUCUCUCUCUUUGGGUUGGCCCGCUUCAUUCUUUAUCCUUCAGGCCGCGUACUUUUUCGUCCACUAUAUAUUUGCUAGUCAAACUGCCCAUGUCGCGGCUUUGUACUCUGCAUUUCUUGGAAUGCUAUUGGCAGCUAAAGUGCCUGGUCUAUUGGCAGCUCUGGCAUUGGCAUAUAACACAAAUCUUUUCGGUGCUCUAACACAUUAUAGUAGUGCCCAGUGUGUGGUAUACUGUGGUGGUGGUUUUGUAAAACUUCCUGACGUUUUUAGACUGGGCAUUAUGAUGGCCCUUAUCAAUAUAUCAAUAUGGAUUCUAGUUGCAACUCCUUGGUGGAAGAUUUUGGGGCUUUAUUGAUGUUAACUUUGUGUACUUUUUGAGUUUUAGCAUAGUCAUUUUUUUGCUCAUUCAUCGAACUUUCGAGGUCUCGGGCAUGCUGUGGUUUGGGUAAAAGCUGAACCUCAAACGGUUUGCUUAUGGUGUACUAAAAAUUUUGUGUUAAGCUGGCUUGGAUACCUUGAGUUAUCCAGAAAUCAUACCCGUUGCAUAUCGGUUCAGGGUUUGGGUGCAAGGAAAGACUUCUGGUUUUUUUUUAUGUAUAUGUUGAGAUUCCUUUAGGGGUAAGUAUAUGUUCACUUUCAGUUUGUUGCUUUUCAUGCAUUCUAAAACUUUGGCUUUGCAAGAGUUGAAUCAUUGAUCACAGACCCCCCAUCUGUUUUAGGUUUCUACGCCCUAUGUUUGGUCCUCUGAUGAGAUUGAUACCUAUCAUUAUGUCUCGGUAUCCUUUGUACUUAACAAGCUUAUUUGGUUUUCACUUAUAGUUUCUGUUCACUUCAUGUAUAUGAAAACACUAACCACACAGUUCAUCGGGCGGUGCUUAAGGUCGAAGAAAUUUGCAUUCAAAGAUGCGAAAUUAACAUGGAAUUAUUAUGUUUUUAGGUGAAAGAUUGUAUAAAAGCGGUAAAUCUGUGCGCA